AUGCGUCCCGCUGUCCGAUACUUUGCGCGCGCCCCCCGGCUCCUCCUCGCUGGAACUGCGAUUGGCGCGGGCAUCGGCGCCGGCGUCUACUGUCUUGACGCCGAGCGCCGCGCCCAACUCCGCGAGCUCCGCGAGAGCGCCCAUCUCCUCCGCACGUCGAUGUUCCCCCCUCUGAGGCUGGACACGGAGCCGCCCGUCGUGAUCGCCGAGUCGAAGGCGGUGAGAAUCGACCCCUCGACGCUGACGCCCCACCCGGUGGUGCUGUACCCCGCCUCGUCCCCCGAACUCACCCUGGUGGGCAUGGGCGUGCGCACCGUCUCCUUCCUCAAGAUGAAAGUCUACUCUGCCGGCUUUUAUGUGGACGACAUUUCCCUGCGCAAGCUCUCGCGCAGUCCGGACGCAUCAGUCGACGAGCUCGUCGACCGUCUCCUCACCGCGCCCGCUGGUAUUGCAGUGCGCAUCGUGCCCGUGCGCAACACCGAUUUCGGCCACCUCCGGGACGGCUUCACACGCACCCUGCUUGCGCGCCAGAAGGAGGCGCGGCGCGCAGGUCUCCUCACCCCCGCUGAAGACGAGCAGGUCUCAGAGGCUAUCACAGAGUUCAAGGGCUGUUUCCCCUCCGGCUCGGUUCCCAAGGGCAAAGAGCUCCUCCUGGUCAGGUCCCCGGAUGGGAGGAUCUUUGUCGAGUACGAAGGCCGCGUACUGGGUGGCACGAAGGAACCUUGGGUCGGACGGAAUAUGAUCGCGAGCUACUUCUCCAAGAACCCCAUCUCGGAGAAACUCCUCGAGGACGUUGCGAAGGGCCUCGAGUGCCAUGGCAACGUUAAGAACGUCGUGCUUGACCAUGAGAAGAAGAGGAAGGAGGCGGGACAGUAG